AUGAAGUGGCAAGAUACGGGCUCAAUACUAAUAAGUAAUACAACGUUAUUUUUUGGUGCUUGUGACGGAAGAAGACAAGCUGGAAGUGGAUUCGCGGUUAAUAACAAGCUACUAGCAGCGGUAAAAAGUUUUAAAGUUAUAAACCCUAGAUUAACGAUGUUCACACUGGAUACAAAAUGGUUUGAAGUAGUCUUCGUAAAUGGGAAUGCUCCCACAGAGGACAAGGAUAAAAAUGAAAAAGAUGAUUUCUACUCGUGGUUAGACAAUAUACUGUGUGAGAUACCAAGAGGCUGUGUACAAAUCAUAUUAGGAGAUUUUAACGCAAAAAUCGGACGUGAAGAAUGUUUUAAGCCGAUAAUAGGAGGGCAUAGUCUACACCAUUUAUCGAAUGAUAAUGGGUGCAGACUUAUAGACUUGGCAACGGGAAGAAAUCUAAGGGUUAAAAGUACCAUGUUCGCACAUAAGAAGAUACACAAAGGUACGUGGAGGUCACCAGAUGGACGACAUAUAAACCAAAUAGACCAUGUGCUUAUAAAUGAAAGAUUUAAUAACAGUAUUUUAGAUGUAAGAACCGUACGUGGAGCUGAUAGCGACUCAGAUCACUUUCUUGUGGCAGGUAGACUACGAGUGAAAUUAAAAAGAAGACAAGAAAUAAAGAGAGGAGGAGCUACGGGACGGUUUGACAUCACAAACCUUAACAAUCCAGCGGUAGUUAAGAAUUUUCAAAAAGGUAUAGAGGAAAAGUUAAGAAUAAUAAUUGCAAGUGGGUCAGAUAGAGAAGUGGAACCGAUCGAUUAUCGUUUGUGGGUGGGUCGGUGA